AUGGCAUCCAUCCUCCGCCAAAUCGUCUCCGGCCCCCGCGCCCGCCAUCCCGAAGCAGGCCUCGACCUCUGCUACGUCACCGAUAACAUCGUCGUGACCUCCGGUCCUUCCUCCGUGUGGCCCAAAAAGGCCUACCGCAACCCCAUAGAACAACUCGUCGGCUUCCUCGAUCGGAAACACGGUGAAGACUGGGCUGUGUUUGAGUUCCGUGCAGAGGGGACGGGAUAUCCGGACGAGAAGGUGUAUGGCAGGGUACAUCAUUUUCCGUGGCCUGAUCAUCAUCCCCCGCCGUUUGGGAUUAUUCCAAAUAUCAUGGCUGGGAUGCGGAAUUGGAUACAGGGGGAGGGUCCCGCGGCGGGACGCGAUGGUGGAUUCAAGGGUGGUGAGGCGAAUAGGAAGAUAGGCAGAGUUGCGGUUGUGCAUUGCAAAGCUGGCAAGGGUCGCAGCGGGACGGUGUCGUGUUCAUAUCUGAUCAGUGAGGAGGGGUGGAAGCGAGAGGAGGCACUGCAUCGUUUUACGGUCAGACGAAUGCGCUCGGGAUUCGGCCAGGGCGUCAGCAUACCCAGCCAGCUGCGAUAUGUGCGGUAUGUGGACCGGUGGACGAACGAUAUGAAGAAGAAAUACAUCGACAGGCAGGUUCAGAUCAUGGAGGUGCAUGUCUGGGGUUUGAGGGAUGGGGUCAAGGUCGCUGUGCAGGGAUAUGUUGAUGAGGGCAAGAGGAUACACACGUUCCACACGUUUACGAGAUCAGAGAAGACCGUUGUGGACGAAGGUCAUGUUACCACUACGCAGGCGCCGGUGCAGGCGAAGGAGAUCAAGAAGGAUGAGGAAAUGAUCACGUCGCCCGUGGCAGGAUCCUCGCCUGGAAGCAGUGGACUGAAUCUGACGAGCAAGACGUAUGAAGGGCCAGUGCAGACUGUGGUGCUGAGGCCGACGGAAGAUCUGAUUCUGCCAACGAGUGAUGUGAAUAUCGAUUUUGAGAGGAGGAAUAAGGCAAGCUAUACUGGCUUUACUAUGGUCACAAGCGUGGCCCACGUAUGGUGGAAUGCCUGGUUCGAAGGUGGCUUUGAGGGACACCAGUCCGGCCUCUUCGAGAUUGAAUGGGCCGCAAUGGACGGCAUCAAGGGAAGUGCGAGGAAAGGCGUCCAAGCAUUUGAACGUCUAAAAAUCGUGUGGAAGUACCGAGAAGGCACAAAUGAAAAGAUCGUCGAAGAGCCCAAACCCGGCGAGCCGGUGCCCGAAGCACAGCCAGCGGAUUGGAAGGGCGAACCCAGCGACAAGGAAGACGAAGCGAGCCCUUCGAAAGGCGUCGACAGUAAUCGUCCGGGUGGCACGGCGCUAACGGUCGGAAUGGUGAUGAGCGAAGGCACCUCUCAGCUUGCCAAGGAGCUCGGCCUGAGGAAGACUGAUCCCGGUAGUGCUGAUGUCAGUGUCGCAGGCAGUGUAAAGGAUGUUGAUGGACCGACAGAUGAGAAGGUCGUGACGGACAAGAAGAAUACCGACUUGAUCGAUUCGGAUCCUGAGUCGGAUGUGGAGAAUACUAAACCUCAUGGGCCAGAGGGGGAGGCAUAUGUCAGUCCUGAUGAAGAGCUUCACCAAGCUGGGAAGCAUGAUACAGCGACAGGCAGGUAUCUGGAGAUGGGGAUCGCAAAGGCUGCAAACAUUGUUGCGAAGAUGAGGGGCGAUGGUCACAAGUCGGAGGCGUCGGGUGCCAGCAGUCCUGUCUCAGCGCAAAGUACGCAAGUCAAGGAGGCCGACCAACAUGCAGGUACCGAAGCCGAUGCAAAGGACUUUGCGGAUGCAGAUGGGAAGCCAUCGAAGCCAGAGAAUGUGUCUGCAGAGACAUGA